AUGGCGUAUUCAAACAGUACAAGUGACCGGAUGGACGAGUUGCGCUUUCGGAGCCAGCAAUCCCCUCGAAACGAUGCAUCCUUACUCGGUCUCGUGUCUCCUCCUCGAAAUGGCACGAGAGUCCAGCAGCCGUUGCAGCAAGAUGGCCGAAAUGGCCUUAUGAGAAGAUUCACCACGGAUUCGGGGCGCGUGCCAACGAUUGGAUCAUUAAAUAGUCAGAGGGGUGGACAGGACUCUCAAGAAUAUGGCCCUUCGACGUUCCACAAAGUCCAACUUCUAGAGAAGAAGAAACUCGAAUACGAGAGAUUGCGCGAGCAGAAGCGAAGAUUCGAGGCCGAGAUGCAAUUGCUGGACCUACAGCAACGCCGUGAAGAACAAGAACUUGCUCAGAUGCAAGAAGACCUCGGACGAUCUAACAAUACAAAUACCGGCCAUCAAUCAGAACCAACAACUCCGCCCGAAUACCGCGAAUCAGCCUCGGGCUUCCCGUCUGUCUUCUCCAGACCGAACCGAUACUCUACUUCAAGUCUUACAUCUCCGCCCGGCCUUUACAACCGACCAGGUAGAUCGGGCUCUCAACUUACUUCGCCACAAUCCGGUAUCAUUCAGUCCAGACUCAUGAUGGAUGACAAACUCCCGUCCAAGUCUGUCCCAGGCUCUCGACGAAACAGUGACGAGGACGAGAAGGAAGAGGCUGUCCGUCAAGAUCCUACAAGCCACCGAUCUACAAAUGCCAGAAGUUGUGAGGUGUGUGAUCGGUUUCGCCUCGCUUUGCAGAAUAUUCACCUCAACACCAGAGCCCAUGUGAUCACACCCCUUGUUCACACCUUGUCCCCUUCAGAUCACUCAAUAUUCACCUAUUCACCACAAGGCCAAGCUCUCAACAGAUACUCAAUGCCAGUCACCAAGUCUCGCAACGGCAUGCACGAAAUGCUGUCCAUGGACCCUUCAAACACCACUCGCUUUCUCUUUGGAGAUGAUGAGCAGGGCGCGACGUCUUCCGACAAUGAAUAUCUGUCCAUGAACACAACCGAUGACAAGUUCCCAAUUCUUGUUCGUCGUGAGGAGUACCCAGGUGGUUCUACGCAACUUGCCGCUUCUCAUGCUGGUCUUGACCUAGCUUCCCCUACCUCCGAAAGCAAUGGCUGGGAUGGUGCGUUUGCUAGCCACCGCCACUCCCAGUCUCAGCAAAGCAAUCGCAUGAGCAAUGGGCAAGGCCAAUACCAAGGACAAGGUCACGCAAACGGCUCCUCCUCUGCCUCCCAAUCGAAUGGACCAGAGUCCCCGAUCAGCGUUCGUCAGCCACACCGCAACUCUUUGAGCGAUCUCAAUGGUGCUGGCAUAAAGGUCUAUGAUGGCUCUUAUGCCUCUCAAGAUGGUGGUAGUCAGAUUGCCUCCCCGCCUCACCACACCCAAGCUACUCCGCCAAAGCUGCAGUCAUCCUACUCAGCAGGCGCCGUCCCGACGAUGGGAUCGACCUCCAAUGGCAUAUCUAGUGUCAAUUCCACCCCAAAUUCUCAUGCUCAGCAGCAUUUGCACAACCACAAUGCUAGUUUGGGUCGGAUUCCACCAAAUGCUAUGAACAAUAGGCUCAGCCGAGAGAUGACCGCUACCGAAGGCACUAGUCUACGUGAGGCUCAGAAUGGCGGCUACCAAUCCAUCCAGUCUGCCCUCCAUGCCAGUGCGCCACCAUUCGGACCUUCUUUGACUCAAGGCUUGUCCCAACCUCCUAUCCCUUCACCGAUCACAUCUCCGGCCGCACAACAACCAUACCCAGUUCCGGGCUAUUACAACGGCUACAACAUCAACAUGCUGUCGAUGGGUAUGCAAAAUAUGCAGCUCGGACAGCCGAUCUAUUCCCAACACAACCCGUACGCAAACUAUGGUGGCAUGUACCCUCAAGCACCACCUCCCCUUCGUGACAGUCAGGCUCGUGUUAUCCAACAGCGUCGCCAAAAUGAUGGAGAAGCUAUGAACCGGUUCGCCAAUAUGCAGCUUGAGCAGCUCGGUGGUGAAAUCUAUGCUCUCUGCAAGGACCAACAUGGAUGCCGCUACUUGCAGAAGAAGCUCGAGGACCGUAACCCUGAGCAGGUUCACAUGAUCUGGCUUGAGACCAAUCAACAUGUCGUCGAGCUGAUGACCGAUCCCUUCGGAAAUUACCUCUGCCAGAAGCUGCUCGAGUAUUGCAACGAUGAGGAGCGCACUGUCCUGAUCCAGAACGCCUCUCAUGAUCUCGUCCGUAUCGCUCUCAACCAGCACGGCACCAGAGCUUUGCAAAAGAUGAUCGAGUUCAUCUCCACCCCUGGUCAAGUCCAAACCAUCAUCGAUGCUCUUCGUUACAGAGUUGUCGAGCUCAUCCAGGACUUGAACGGCAACCACGUCAUCCAGAAGUGCCUCAACAAGCUGUCCCCCGUUGAUGCUCAAUUCAUCUUUGAUGCUGUUGGCACCAACUGCAUUGAUGUCGGAACUCACCGUCAUGGUUGCUGUGUCCUGCAGCGUUGCAUUGACCACGCUUCUGGUGAUCAAAAGGCUUGGCUCAUUCGACAAAUCUCUGACAAUGCCUAUGUCCUGGUUCAAGAUCCUUUCGGAAACUACGUCGUCCAGUACAUCCUCGAUCUCAACGAGCCGGUCUUCACCGAGCCUUUGGUCAUGAUGUUCCAGCACCGAGUUGCUCAGCUCUCGAAGCAAAAGUUCAGCUCGAACGUUAUCGAGAAGUGCCUUCGUUGCGCUCAGGAGCCUUCAAAGGAUAUGUUGAUCGAGGAGAUGUUGCAGCCCGCCGAACUUGAUCGUCUCCUCCGUGAUUCCUUCGCCAAUUAUGUCAUCCAGACUGCCCUCGACUAUGCCAAUCCUCAAAUGAAGGUCCGUCUUAUUGAGGCUAUUCGUCCAUAUUUGCCUGCUAUUCGCACCACUCCCUAUGGCCGCCGAAUUCAAGCAAAGAUUCAAGGCAACGAGACUCGCAGCGGCUCUUCCAGCGGCCAAGCAACUCCGGGCGAGGUCGAGGGAAACCAAGCAACUAUUCGUCACCAGCGUGGUCUCUCCAACGUCUCUGCCAACAGCUUCGCCAGCCCAGUUGGUGCAUAUACGAACGGCUAUACUGGUGCCGCCACUACUCCCAAUGGCAUUCCGAUUGCUACUCGUCCAUCCCAACAGUCUGGAGCCUUCCCAUCCUCCGAUCGCCUUACCUCUUCCAAUACUCAGCAACCUUUCCCUUACACCUACGGUAGGGGUGCUAGCCAAGGCGGCAACUGGUUGUAG